CUCCAGUCAGGAGAAAGACAGAAACACUCAGCACAGCAUCCAAGAGCAUCCAAAGCAACGCUCUCCUGCCUUUUUACGCACACUAUCCACGGGAAAAAGCAGAUCAACCAACCAUGAUUAAGAAAAUGUCUCCGUCUGAGAGCGACUUCGACAUCCCAGCAAAGAACUGCUACAGGAUGGUGAUUUUGGGAUCCACCAAAGUUGGGAAAACGGCCAUCGUGUCCCGUUUCCUGAACGCCAAGUUUGACGAGCAGUACACCCCGACCAUCGAGGACUUUCACAGGAAACUGUACAGCAUCAAGGGGGACGUUUACCAGCUGGACAUACUGGAUACAUCCGGGAACCAUCCUUUCCCCGCCAUGAGGAGACUAUCCAUACUCACAGGUGAUGUGUUCAUCCUUGUCUUCAGCCUGGACAACCGCGACUCCUUCCAGGAGGUUCAGCGGCUCAAGAAGCAGAUAUUUGAGACCAAGUCAUGCCUGAAGAACAAAAUCAAGGAGCACAUCGACGUGCCCCUGGUGAUCUGCGGGAACAAAGGAGACCGGGAUUUUUACCGGGAGGUGCAGCAAGAGGAGAUCGAGCAGCUGGUGGCCGGGGACGAGAAGUGUGCAUACUUCGAGAUCUCAGCCAAGCGCAACGAGAACGUGGAUAAGAUGUUCCAGACUCUGUUCACUUUGGCCAAACUACCUCACGAAAUGAGCCCCGAUCUGCACCGGAAAGUGUCCGUGCAGUACUGCGACAUUCUGCGCAGCAAGUCACUUAAAAACAAGAAGAUGAAGGACGCUGGAGAAGCUUUUGGGAUGGUCAACCCGUGCGCGCGCAGACCCAGCGUGCACAGUGACCUCAUGUACAUUAAAGAGAAGGCGAUAGGAGGCGGGCAGGGCAAGGACAAAGAGAGGUGUGUGAUCAGUUAAGAGAUGUGAAGACACACACUUUUGACACAGAUAUUUUGAAAGCCGUGUGUGUGCGCGCUCACACUGACACGUGAGGUGUGGAGACGCCAGGCUGGCCGUGCGUAAUGACGCAGUGCCGUCUCCACGGACUUCAACUGGACAGUCUGCUUGAACUGCCCACAAAAAUGAACACAAACACUGUCCAUGAGACAUUUCUUGUUCUGUCAAUCAGAGCCCAAUGUGUGACGUGGCUUCACCUCGUGAGACUCGUGUUUUGUUGACGUCAUGCCUUGUACAGAUGCCAGAGAGGAGAAUCUUGGCUAUGGGGUGUUUUUGGAGAAGGAGAAAUAAUGUUGUUUACAUCUUAUCAUGCAUUUUAUAACGGCUAAGUAAACUUGAAUGUUUCAUUGCAAUCUGAGCUAUUUUAAAAAAUAGUGAAUGUAUAUUUAUUGUAAAUAUUUGCAGAGAAAAUCUCAAUAUAAUAAAAAAAAAACAUAAACUAAAA